AAGCAAAGCAGCUUCUUCCGCCAGUCCGUGCCAGCCAACCCGAACGGCAAAUUUUAAGUCACAUGGUGGAUCAGUGUGCGCAACGCCCCCUCACGAUGCCGGUGUCUAGGCUACUUCGCUGCGCUCUUCAAAGAGACUAACAUAGAACAGCCGCGCAAUUUGGUAUCCACUAUGCAACGCAAGGACUUACGCGUGCAGAAUUCAGAAAAUCUACUCCAUUCUCAUCUCGCCACAUAUUGCAGGCGCAGCAACCCUUGCACUGACUAAAAAAGCAACGUAACUCCCUGGAAACCUUAACAAACAUUUAAGCAGCAUCUCAAGGUUAAAGGGUUAUGUGACUGACUGUCAUACAGUUUUCUCUGCACCAAUCAAUCAUAUCUACUUACACAGGCAGUUAAGCAUUCAACAAAGAAGAUAUUUCUUUUUUCGAAGACAAAGAAGCACUGCUUAUAGUAUAGUUUGGCCAGCUACAGUUUCCCCAGCUCAUCCAGUUCCCGAGCACAUAAUGAAGCCAGACUAUGUGACGACAGGCAUUGUGCCCGACUGGGGAGACUACAUUGAAAUUAAGGAUGAAGAUCAGAUUCAAGGGCUUCGUCAGGCUUGUCAACUAGCCGGUCGUAUUCUGCUUAUGGCUGGAAAGAGCUUAAAGGUUGGAAUGACAACAGAAGAAAUAGAUUCCAUUGUUCAUCAGAAUAUAAUCAUUCAAAACGCAUACCCUUCUCCAUUAGGGUAUGGAGGUUUUCCAAAAUCUGUGUGUACUUCUGUAAACAAUGUAGUAUGUCAUGGAAUUCCAGACAGCCGACCUCUUGAAGAUGGAGAUAUUAUCAACAUUGAUGUUACAGUUUAUUAUGAAGGAUAUCAUGGAGAUACUUCUGAAACAUUUCUAGUGGGAAAUGUGGAUAAACGUGGUGAAAAGUUAGUGGAGAUUGCAAAGAGAUGCAGAGAUGAAGCAAUUGCUGCUUGCAGACCAGGGGCUCCCUUCUCUGUAAUUGGAAACACAAUCAGCCGAAUCUCUGAAGAAAAUGAUUUCCGAGUUUGUCCCUAUUUUGUUGGUCAUGGAAUAGGUUCCUUUUUUCAUGGGCAUCCAGAAAUUUGGCACCACGCAAACGAUAAUGAUAUGCCUAUGGAAGAAGGGAUGGCUUUCACAAUAGAGCCCAUAAUAAUGGAAGGAUCGCCUGAAUUUAAAAUUCUUCAAGAUAAAUGGACGGCAGUGUCUAAAGAUAGUAAAAGAUCUGCACAGUUUGAGCAUACCAUAGUAAUUACAUCAGGAGGAGCGGAAAUCCUCACUAAACUGGCAGACCAGGCUAACGAAUGAAUCGAGGAUUCAUGGACUGGGAACAUUCAGUGUGUUUUAUUACUGGAGAUUAAUAUCUCAUGUAAAGAACUGUCCUGGGCUCAUGGAUUCAAAAAUAAAUAAAUUCCUUGCAAAGCUCUAUUGUCUGAUGGAUAUUUGAUAUAUCAUUUUUAUUUAAUGAUGCCAUUUCUGAUCGGUUAUAUUAAUAUAAAUCCUAUGUGUAAUAAAAUAAUAUCGAUAAUAUUGUA